GAAAUAGUUUUCUAUAGAACGUCUGAAACUCUGAAUGUAAGAUAACCUUACAUACCAUUAAAAUACUACAUGCACGAUGGAUUACGGAUUGUAUUUUUAAUUUUUACAAACCUAGUUCUAAUUUUAAACGUUUCAGGAAGCUAUUUUAAUACUUUCAUACAGGUAAAUUGCAAUUAAAGGAUUGCUCCAUUAUCCGAACCCUGAAGAUUAAAUUUAAAUAACCAAUUGUCAUUAUUAAUCGUGCAUCAUGGGACGCAAGAAAAUUAAUAUAUCCAAAAUCACGGACGAACGAAACCGUCAUGUGACGUUUAACAAACGCAAAUUUGGUGUUAUGAAGAAAGCUUACGAGUUAAGUGUAUUAUGUGAUUGUGAAGUAGCAAUUAUUAUUUUCAACAAGAACAACAAGUUGUAUCAGUAUGCUAGUACAGACAUGGACCAAGUAUUACUUAAAUAUACUGAAUAUAGCGAACCACAUGAAUCACUGACAAACACUAAUAUUAUUGCUCAAUUAAACAGAAGAGGAGGAGGAGGAGGAGGAGGAGGAGGAGAAGGUCCUAGAAGUUCUAAAUCCGUAGAUUCACCUGUUGUUGAUGAGAAGAAUGUAAUAAAUCAACCCAAACAAUUUAAAGUAAUGUCCACUCCUAGAAUUAAACUUAAACACAACGAUAUUUCUGAUGAAGAAUUCAGAAUACUUAUGACACAUGGAGGGAGGAUAAUGGAUGAUGAUGAUGAGGACGAUGACGAUGAUGAUGAUGAUAGUAAUGGCCUUGAAUGUGAGUUUAUUCCUGACAUGCCAGACAUUCCUGGCAUUCCUCCUCACAAACUUCCAGAAGCUUUAAGAAAAAUACGAGAGAGUAACUCUAAUGAAAAUACUAAACGAGUGACUUCCAGUGACUCAGAUAUGAGUGAUGACGAGUUGAAAAUAGACAGUGGUGCUGAUGAUGAUUUUGAAGAAAUAGAUGACAGUUUACAUAAUAAUAUUGAAAGCUAUAUUUCUCCAACUACCUCGCGACAAAAACCUCUGCCUAAUAACCCAACAACUGUUAAAGAAAUUAAAGAAGAAAAAAAUGAUGAUGACGUUGAUGUAGAAUUAAUCGAAGAUGACAUCAAAAUUCCUGAGGAAGUGAAGAGCUCUAAACGUCUAGAAGCUACAAAACCACAAUUAACGCAAAAUGUUCGGAAACCACAAUUUCUGUCAAAUAUUCACUCAAGUUUAGGUUUAAUUCAAAAUAAAUCUCCGAAAAAUCAAUCUUUGAAUGUACGGUACCGCCCUUAUAAUAUUCUACAAACCUCCAAGAAAAUGGUAAAAAUACCACCACAAAAGUCUAUGGAAAUUCGAAGUAACAUAACACACAAUGGACAGUCUCCAAUACAGCAACGAAGAGUUUAUGCAGGAUUCAAACAACGUAUACAGGUCAAAAAAGACUUGAUGACUCCUGAAAUUAAAAUCAAUACUGCACAAUUGUCGCAAAGUAGUAAUACAAAUGAUUCUUAAAAUUAAGUGUACAUUUGAAAAUUGAAACAUUCCAAAUAUUUUUACUUUUAUUUUAUAAUUUUUUUUUUUAAGACUGUACUUUCGUAACGAUUAUUGGUAUUCGUUUAUAUUAUAUACUUAUCAAUACAAUUUUAAUAUGUAGCAGUUCGAAUCCUUUGUUCAAACUUCCUAUUUAUAAAAAUGUAAUCAUUUUAAUAUUAACCUACAAUUGAACAUAAAAUACUAUUUGGUUAAAAUGUUAUACAUGCCAAAUGUUUUUGUUCGGUCUAGAUAUUAUUAUGUGUUAUUGAAUAGUUUUAAGGACAUAUAUGUACCACUCUUGAAAACAAAAUUAUUAGUUGUAUGUAUUAUUAAAUUUUAAACUGGUUUUUAGCUUUUGUUCCACAAUUUUUACAAUUGUCGUUUUAUGUAUUCAAAUGUAUGUUAUGUUUUAGUAUUAUUAAUUAUUAUCAUUUAAAAAUAUUUUUACAUUAUUGUUUAGAUAUUUAGUUAAAUGUCUGGUUAAUUAAAUGUAACUUAUGUCUAUAAUAUAUU